AUGCAUUUCACAACAACCUCGUUACUUGCCCUCGCGGUUCCCACCGUCUUGGGCCAUGGCCUCAUCACAUCACCCCCCUCGCGCCCCGUCGGCCCUGCCAUCAUCAAAAACUGCGGACCGAAGGUUGAGCAGGAUAUUCGUCUCGACAACACGUCCCACGUUGAAGGCCUCCCCGAGCUCGCCGCCCAAGACCCUGCCUACAACGCAACCUCCUGCAACCUCUUCCUCUGCAAAGGCCUCCAAUUCGCCGACAACCCAGCCAACCACACGCAAAUGUGGACAGCAGGCCAAGUCGUGCCGAUCAAAGUGUGGAUCCGCAUUCCGCAUGAGGGCAGCGCCAACGUGAGCAUCGUGGAUACCAAGACCAACACGAUUGUGGGGGAGAUGCUGAAGGUGUGGAAAAGUGGGUAUGCGCCUGGUAGUAAGGAGAGUGAUGUUCCAGCGGAUCAGAAGGAGUUUAGUGUUACGGUUCCUGAGGGGUUGGAGGAGAAGUGUAAGAGUGCAGGGGAUUGUGUUUUGCAAUGGUGGUGGUAUGGACUUAGUGCCAAGCAGACGUACGAGUCUUGCGUUGAUUUCAUGGUCAUGAAGAAAGGGGUGAGGAGGGAUGCUUUUGCGCGGGCUUUUGCUGGUUAG